AUGGGUGAGGAUGCGGAGAAAUUGCGACCCUUGUACAUUGCUGAACUCGUGAACACCGUCUGUGCCAUCACUGCCACCCAGAAGACUGUGUACGGCCCCACUGGGCAGCUGUGGUGUGAUGGCCGUGGGGGCCCUGCUCCUACUGGCACUGCCAAGGCUGUGGGCAAGGUCAUCCAGGGGCUGAAUGGGAAGUUCACAGUGGUCUUCCGUGUCUCCACCCCCAACAUGUUGGUCAUGGAUCAAACCUGCCAUCUAGGGAAAGCAGCCCAAAAUGACAUCAAGAAGGUGGUGAAGCAAACAUCAGAGGUCCCCCUAAAGAGCACCCUGGGCUACACUGAGGACCAGGUUGGCUCCUGCAACUUUAACAGUGACACCCACUCUGCCACCUUCAGUGCCGGGGUUGGCAUUGCCCUCAAUGACUGCUUUGUCAAGCUCAUUUCCUGGUAUGACGAUGAAUUUGGCUACAGCAACAGAGUGGUAGGACCUAUAGUCCGUGUGGCCUCUGAGGAGUAA